ACACUUAUUUAUGCGGUUUUAAAUGAAAUCGUUCUCAGUGAAGUGAAAGAAAAUGAAGCAAGCAGUCAUAUUAAUCACGAUUCUCGCCGCUCUGGCAAAGUGUGCCACUAGUGUUCCAGCCGCAGGCGAAAAUGUCUCCGCGCUGAACAUAGAAAGUCGCCUUGCCCCAAUCGAUGGCAGCCGUUUUAUAGCCAGCUUGACAAAUAUGAAUUGGUUCGGUGCCUAUGGCUUUUGUAGUCAACAGAAUGCAACACUUCUCUCAUUAGAAAUGGGAAAAAACGAUAAUAAAAAGAAAGAGUUUACAGCUUUUAUUAAAUUGUACCAUCUCGAGUCGCAUGAGUAUUGGCUCUCCGGUACACGGCUAGAAGAUGAUGUAACCUUCCGUUGGGGUUUGGGGGGUCUGCCAAUAUCCCAAGCCGAUUGGGCUCCCAGUCAGCCAGACAACUUAGGUGGUCAACAGCGCUGCAUGAAAUUGUUUACGUCGAUAAAGUGGGAUGAUGAAGAUUGUUUUGCUAAAUUUUAUGCUGCUUGUCAAAAGUAUUAAUUGUUACUAGCAUUUAUAGUUUGGUUUGCAAUUAGAAAUGACCUAUUGAACCCAUUUGAAAUAUAUACAUUUGUCUUCUUAACAAAAGCAUAUAAAUUAA